UCUUUAAAGAAAUCUACAAGGUUUUAAGUACACAGCAAGUUGGGGAGACUUUUUUUAUCCUAAAAGAAGUUUCUCAGAAUUGUUCAUGAAAUGCUAAAGGAUAGGACAAAUGUAUCGAGUUACUUGUUGAUCAGAUUUGCUUUGAACAUAAAAGUAUACCUUUACAGACUGGUCCAGUAUAAGAUGAUUAACGUACCACUAAAAGCAGCAGUUCAUUUUAUUAGACUGGAGAAGAAGGUGAUUUGGCAAAAAUUGUAUUCUUUCCAAGUUGUGCUGACUGUCUAGGAAACUACUUUUUCAUUGGUCUUCUUGUGGUAGCCUUAACAGUCUUCCAAAAGGUAUACAAGAAAAUUUGAACAGGUGAUAUUAUGUGCAAGUUAAUAAUAUCUCUUUCUCCCUCCACCAAACUCAUUUUUAUUAAAUAAUUAUAUACUAAUUUUAUAAACAUAAAACAUGUUAUUUGGAUAAUGAUGCCAAGGUAACUGCAACAAAAUUGAUGAGUGUCUGGGCUGAGAAAUUGAAUUUAUACCUGGUGCUACCUUUUUCUGAUUGUUUUGAAUUCCUUUGGUUGCCCUUAGUAUAUUUAGGUGUUUAAAAUACCCUCAGAUUAUUCUGUAUUUAUUUUAUCCAGAGUACAGAUUCAUAUUCCUCCAGUCAAGACGUGCUAAGAGCCUGAUUUUCUUUUAAUUUCAUGGAGAACAAUUGACUAGCCACUAAGAACAGUUAUUAAAACUUGCCAGUUUUCAACUUAAAAUCAGUGAACAUUUGGCAUUUCCUUAAGAAAAGUUUUGCGAGUUUUGCUUUUUUCCCAGUUGUAUUUGCCUAAUUUGUUUUUAUAUGUUAUUUAAAAUUUAGUAAGAUUGUUCUAGAUUCUGAAAGUCAUUUUAGUACUUUUUUUUCCUUGCCUUACCACAGUGAAGACCAGCAGACAUACACAAGAAGAUACUUGUUUUUUAUACCAGGAUUCGACAGUAGACAUGAGAACAGUUACCAUCUUGGCCAGCUUUGACAUAAUCAUACUAUAUUUUCCCACCAGUCAGUCAGAUAAGUUGGAGGGGUAAAUGUGAGGAUUUUAUGGUUCUCUAGUUCCCAGUUUGAGGCCUCUGUUUGCUUAUCAUGAGAAGGUACUUGGUUAGAGUUUUCAGAGGAGGUUAUAUAUAACCUUUGAAGGAGCUCUUUAUAGCCUAGGAAGUUAUUUUAUUUCUACUUAAGGAUAAGGUCUUUAUUGUUAUGUGUUCAUCCAUAAACAUUUUCAACUGUAGAAUUUGUUCUCAAGAAAUAUAAGUGGCAAUACUCUUAGAUACCACUUUAAGUGAUGUUGAACCACAAAAAUCAAAAUUGGAUUAGCUGUAAUAUUUCAGAUCACAAUAACUUUAAUGAAAUCACUGCCAUUAUUGCAUAUUUUUCCAAUUACUUGAGAACCUUCUAUGUUUGGUUGCUGGGAUAUUGCCAUGGUCACAUUCUGUGUUGGUUUGGAGUGGUGAGUUGUGGAAUCAGUGGCAACUCAGGACGCCCAGGCUUGGAAGUAGGCUGUCUGAGAAGUCUUCAUUGUUUUGAAGCCACACUUGACAUGGACCAGAAGGUUCUGAAGAGACUGGUGGAAUCCAUCAGUAAGAGUGUCAAUAACUUCAAAAAGAGUGAAAUAGAGUGUCUCAUAAGAAUUUUUCACAACGUGGUGGGAAGAGGUGAUAUGAAACUUGGUAACGUCGGACUAGAUUGUAACACAUUUCGAGUGAUCCUGCACAGCAUAUUUGGAAUGACUGAUGAUGUGCUAAUGAACAGGGUAUUUUUUGCAUUUGACAAAGACAAUGAUAACUAUAUAAAUGUGAAAGAGUGGGUUAAAGGACUAUCAGUGUUUCUUCGAGGGACUUUUGAAGAAAAGCUGAAGUUUUGUUUUGAAGUUUAUUAUUUCAAUGGUGAUGGUUACAUUUCUCGAGAGAGAAUAUAUGACAUGUUGAAGAACAGUCUACACCAACAGUCACCUGGAGAAGAGACUGAUGAAGGAAUAAGAGAGUUGGUAGAUAUAGCACUGAAGAAAAUGGAUUACGACAACGAUGGCAGGGUAUCUUUUGCAGAUUUUGAAAAAGCAGUGAAAGAAGAGAGACUUUUGUUGGAAGUGUUUGGGCCAUGUUUACCGGAUGCAAAGGUUUUCCUGGAGCCAGUUCUUUACACAUUUACACAGAUUAUAGUUCAGUGCCUACGAAUGACCAAAGACUCCCAACAGCUCUUGCCAAAAAUUCAGGUAAGUUUUCCACUUCGCUCUUCACACUGCCAGGUGCCCCUUACCCAACCAGUCAGAAACUCAUCAUAUUCAAUAGCUUUUUAGACACUGUCUUUUUAACCAAAGGGUGAAAAUUUGGUAAUCUGAGCCUCUAGAAUUAUUCGGAUUUCAGACCACACACACUAUCAUAGUCCAGUGCUGACUCCUCUAGUUCUACAAUCCAUGAACUAGAUCCUAUGACUCCAUUCUGUGCACUGGGAUUUUGUGUCCAGGGCAACUUGAUUAGAAACACGGGGCAUCUGGCCAGCUGGUGUUGUUCAACAGUGGAACUUCCCCACUGUUUUCAGUUUUAGAUUCACAAUUCAAACUGGUCUGCACAUCCGAAGCUGUUUCUCACUGCCUUGUAGUCAAAGCCUUAAUUCCUCAGCAUGGACACAGGCCUUUCAGGAUUCACUCACUGUCCCCUUUUCUAUUCUCAGAUUCACACGUAAGCUGCUGUGUUGCAGUUAUCAUAUAUUACUCACAGUUGCUGAAAAUGCAUGACACUCAUUUAUUCCUCUGGCCCAUUUUUCCAUCUGUUCCUCUCCCUUUCUGGGUAAUGUCUACUUUCCCUUCAGAACUCAGCCACCUUUCUCAUCCUGCAGGAAUCUUCCAUGAAAUAACAUCUAUCCCUUCCCAGGCCAGAUUACAUAACAUUCUGUAAAGAAAAAACUUCGUAGCUUAUACUCACUAGACUGGGAAAACUCUAGGAGGAUAAACUCAGCAAAAUGCCUGACACAUAGGAGGUGUUUAGUAGUAGGCUUUACAUACC